AUGAAAUUCAUUCUUUAUUCAUCUGUCAACAACAAUGGACACUUGACUUUUGAUCAACCAUGGGACAGCUACUCCCCAUACAGCUUCCCAGGUCAUGGUGGCAAAGACAUCAUCGCUCCAUUCUGGACUGAUCUUAAUAAUUGUGAGAACGGUGUGAUCUCAUACCAGCAGUACACCUCUGGCGAUGUCCUGACACAAGCUACACAAGACAUAAAUCAAUACUUCCCUGAUCUGAGCUUCUCUGCUUCAUGGGUCUUUGUUGUAACUUGGGACAGAGUGGCAUAUUUUUCAUAUUCAGGAACUGAAACAUCUUUCCAAGUGGUUUUGAUUUCAAAUGGCCAUCUCUCAUUUGUUUUAAUGAACUAUGGUAGAAUUGCUCCAUCAGCGCAAUAUGUGCAGGCCGGUUAUGACAACAUCGACUCCAGCUAUUAUUUCUCAAUUACUGGAUCACUCCAGACUGACUUCACAGGCUUAACACACAGCACCAAUGUCAAUGUUACAGGCAGAUGGGCCUUCAGAACAGAUUGUGGACCACAGGGAUGGGGCGCUACAGAGCUCCCUUACCACGCCCGAAUUACAGCCUUUGCCGGAUCCUAA